UCUGCUGGACAAGCGGCGUUUGUGCGGGAGGCCGGUCGCGUCCGGUCAUCGAAGAAAUCUGGAUCCGCGAUUCCAUCGCUCGCAACGAAAAAAGAAGCCUUCUUUUCUGUCGGAUUCUCCCAUUCUUCCUCCUGCUGCUCGAUUCCUUGCCAAUUCUGAAUCGAUUUUCCUGGUAAUCUUUGAGUUCGGGUCACUCGUUCAACAACUCUCCAGAUCUUCUUCCUCCUGCCUCUGUUGAUUGCGCUUUUCUUCUUCUAUCUCUCGAUUGCCUGAUGCAAUAAGGAGCCAAUGGCGCUCGGCCACACGCGCGCCGACGUCCGGUCGGGCUCCUCCUGCUUGUCCGCCACCAUCGUAGCCGUCUUCGUCGGGCUCUGCCUGGUCGGGGUCUGGAUGGCCUCCUCCACCCUCGUCUCCCCCGUCGAGUUCUCUCCGUUCCAGGCAGCCUCAUUGUGGCGCCGCCCCACCCCAACCCCCGCCGGUGCUGGAACGGAGGGGAACACGACCCCCGACGUGUCCCCCGUCGUCGACUCAGAAAAAAGCGCCGAUGAGCAGGAGGAGCCUCCUGCGGUGAGACAGGACGCCGUGGCGGAGCCGCUAGAGAGAACAAAUCAGCAGCCUGAUGAACAGGUUGUGACAGAGCCCAAUGUGGAGAAGCCGGAUGUGGAUCAGGAGCAAGAGUCCAAAAGAGACGCAGAGGUGUUCCCGGAUGCAAGCCAGGCCGAGCUCCUCAACGAGACAGCAACAGAUCCGGCACAAUGGAGCACGCAGGCCGCCAAGUCGGACAUUCCAGAUACCACCACGGUGGCGUCAACUGCAGCGGCGAGCGCCAAUUGGAAGCUCUGCGACACCGAGGCCGGAGCCGACUACAUCCCGUGCCUCGACAACGUGGAAUUCAUCAGGAAGCUGCAGCACGAUGAGCACUAUGAGCACCGGGAGCGGCAUUGCCCCGAGGAGCCGCCGACGUGCCUCGUUCCUCUGCCGAACGGCUACCGGAGCCCGAUAAGAUGGCCCAAGAGCAGAGAUCAGAUAUGGUACAGCAAUGUCCCCCAUACUCAGCUGGUGGAAUUCAAGGGCCAUCAGAACUGGGUCAAUAUCUCCGGGGAGCAUCUGGUAUUUCCGGGAGGUGGGACUCAGUUCAAGUACGGCGCGUUGCAUUACAUCGAUUUCAUUCAGGAGGCAAAGAAAGAUGUGGCAUGGGGAAAAAGGACCCGUGUAAUUCUAGACGUGGGCUGCGGAGUGGCGAGCUUUGGAGGAUAUCUGUUUGACAGAGAUGUUCUUACCAUGUCCUUUGCACCGAAAGAUGAGCAUGAGGCUCAGGUGCAGUUUGCUCUCGAGAGAGGAAUCCCUGCCAUAUCGGCGGUUAUGGGCACGAAAAGGCUCCCGUUUCCUAGCGGGGUCUUUGAUGCUGUUCAUUGUGCACGCUGUAGGGUACCAUGGCAUAUUGAAGGUGGUAAGCUCUUGCUCGAAUUGAACAGAGUGUUACGGCCUGGUGGUUACUUUGUGUGGUCUGCGACUCCUGUGUACCUGAAAAAACCCGAGGAUGUCGAGAUAUGGGAAGCCAUGUCUGCUCUGACAAGGUCGAUGUGCUGGGAAUUGGUGAAUAAAGUAAAGGAGAGGAUAAAUCGAAAGGGCAUAGCAAUUUUCCAAAAACCAAAGGACAACCGCUGCUACGACGCAAGAUCUGCUGAUGCGAACCCUCCACUGUGUGGAGAAUACGAUAAUCCUGAUGCUGUCUGGAAUGUUUCGUUGCAGUCUUGUAUCCAUAAAUUUCCCACAGGCCCCGCCAUCCGUGGUUCACGGUGGCCAGAAGAAUGGCCACUGAGGGUGGAAAAACCACCUUACUGGUUGAACAGCUCAGAGGCUGGAGUGUAUGGAAAGCCUGCUCCAGACGAUUUUCAAGCAGACUACGAGCACUGGAAGCGGGUCAUACGCAAUUCUUAUAUGGAAGGCUUUGGUAUUGAUUGGAAUGCUGUCAGAAAUGUUAUGGACAUGAAAGCUGUAUAUGGAGGGUUUGCAGCGGCUUUGCGAAACAUGAAGGUGUGGGUCAUGAACGUAGUUCCAAUUGAUUCACCCGACACACUCCCGAUCAUAUACGAGCGCGGGCUGUUUGGACUGUACCAUGACUGGUGCGAGUCGUUUAGCACCUACCCGAGAAGCUACGAUCUUGUGCACGCGAACCAUAUCUUCUCCAAGGUUAAGAAGAGGUGUGAACUGUUGGGUGUGAUCGUGGAGGUGGAUCGUAUAGCGAGGCCGGGAGGGAGGCUGAUUGUUAGGGAUGACAUGGAGACGAUAAGCGAGGUCGAGUCAAUUGUCAAAUCGCUGCACUGGGAGGUUCGGUUGUCGUACUCUCAGGACAAGGAAGGCCUUCUAUUUGUGCAGAAGACCAUGUGGCGACCAAACCCUUCUUCCAGUUGACUGAAGCUAAAAAAGCUCUCACGAUCCAUUGGCAUAUACAUAUAUAUAUAUACACAUUGAUUUUUUUGACAGAGUAUACAUUGUUCUUAUGUAGAAGAAAGUUGAUCUGUAGGGUAGCAUAUGAUGAUAUUGUUACUAGCAAUUCAUUUAUCUUGAAUUAGCAGGGGAGGCAAGACAAGGCAGUGUAUGUAGUUUAUGUAAUACAUGAUCAUUAUUUGUGUUAAUAAUAAGAUAUACUGUUUUUCCA